AUGAGUAACUCAGUGAAUGUUAAACCAUUUCAAGGUGAACGAGUCAGGAAAGAACAUUGGGUUAAUGAUAAAGGAACAUCAUUUAAGAAUCCUUGGAAGACAUUUCGCAAUAUGUCCGGAUGGGAUUUAGUUAAGAUAGGUCCUUCCUUAGCUUGGGAUAAAUGGAGAAGUGCCGAUCCAACAGUCAAAGAUGCGAAGAAUCUCAUUCCUCAUAUGGUACCUAAUUUUGGUGCCAACAUCCCUUCAAAUGAAUUGAAGAUAACCUGGUUAGGUCAUGCUUGCUGUCUGGUUGAGACUCCUACCAAAGAAGAUCAUGAAUCAGGACCGAAAGGUAGAGGUGUUAGAACUCUGUUUGAUCCCGUAUUGUUCGAUUCGAUGGCUCGUGGAUUCGGUCCAAAGAGACAAAGCAAGACUCCAUGUAAGAUUGAAGAUUUACCUGAAAUAGAUAUAAUCGCAAUCUCACAUAAUCAUUAUGAUCAUCUGGAUUUACCAUCACUCGAAGCCAUUUAUAAAUAUCAAAAAUCAAAAUAUGAUAAGAAACCAUUACUCUUUUUACCUCUGAAUAAUUAUCAUGUCGUUUCCGGCUUAGGUCUAGGAAGGGAAAGUGUCAUCGAAGUAGAUUGGUGGGAAGAACGAGAGAUUGUAGUUGAUGGUAUAGGGGAGAUCAAACUUAUCUGCACGCCUGGUCAACAUACCGCUUCUAGAUCAGGUUGGGAUAAAGACAACUCUCUAUGGUCAUCUUGGGCUAUCAAAGAUACCACAUCAUCUGCUUCGGUCUGGUUUGGAGGGGACACAGGAUACAACACCAUGCACGUCGAUUCACAUUCGUUAGCUGAUUUACCAGAAGAGGGAAGUUGUCCAGCAUUCAAAGAUAUUGGUGAUCGAUUAGGUCCAUUCACUGUUGGUCUCAUACCCAUAGGUGCUUACGCUCCUAGAAUCGUAAUGUCUCCUGUCCACGCCGCUCCAAUUGAUUCAGUAAGGAUGUUCAAAGAUACAGCAUGUAAGAACGCUGUGGGCAUACAUUGGGGUACAUUCCAAAUGACCACUGAACGAUUUACGGAACCUCCUGAGAAAUUGAAGGAGGCUGCGAAAGAAAUAGGUUUGGCUGAAGACGACUUCAUAGUCGUCGCCUUAGGUGAAUCAAAGGGAUAUGCCGUGUAA